CUUGGUUUUCAGUGCAGUGUUGUUAUGUGGUGCAUUCAAUGUGGAAAGUUUAAAUUAUUUAUUUUAUCUUUUAAUUAAAAAUUUAUACUUAGAUAAAUCAAAGUGGCUAUACAUCGGGCGACACUGCGCCAUGAAUUAUUUUUCGAUUUUGUAAUUAUUGAACUUGUGUACUUAUAUAAAAACGAAAAAUAUAUCAAUAACAUUAAUUGAAGAGUGACUGAACCUCACCCAGAGACAUAAACAUCAUCAACAAUGUAUUUACCAGUGACAUCUUGGGUGCUCCUUAUAUCGUCUUUAACGUUUUGUGACACAGCUACGAUUGAUUCAUCGUUAAAAAAUAAAAAAGUAUCUUUAUUCAUUCGCCGAUACUCAGAAAGACAUCAUAGCCUUGGAGACAAUUGUGUGGACAACAAUUCACCAGCCGAAGACUGCUUCCAACAUUUUAAAUUAGCAAUUUUUUGGUCACCCGGCUACGCUUUCAAAGAACAGGUGAAGAAUAAUGCACAAAUCAAUAAAAACAAACCACCAGAGUGGAUAAUUCAUGGUUUGUGGCCAUCUAUGAAUGGCAGAAAUUUUGUGCCUAAAAGAUGUGACACAACUAACUACACAUUUAACGCACAGAGGCUAAAAACAAACGGUCUGAUGAACAAACUUGAGAGAAGUUGGUAUUCAAUUUUAAAAAGAAGCACAAACAUACAAUUUUGGAAGCAUGAGUUUGAAAACCAUGGUAGUUGUGCGACCAGAGCCGAUCCCAUCAGAGAUGAUGUAGAUUACUUCAGAAAAGCUAUAGAAUUGUACUAUAAUGUUAAUCGAGGUGGUAAACUCACUGGUGGUGAAUUCAAACCGGGUGAUGUAAGAAAGUUAAAGGAUGUAAAGAAUAUCAUUAACAGAAAAAUAGGUGCUGAAGUUAAAGUUAACACAUUUAAACAUGAAAAUCAAUUGUUUUUGACGGAGGUGUACAUUUGUUACAACUUGACAUUGAAUUUGAUAAAUUGUCCAUAUACAAGUUCACAACAGAAUGAUUUAGAAAAAUACGUCAUUUAUUUAGCAGAUUUUAAAUAGUGCGAUUCAGACGUUAUUGUUGUAAUAAUUUUGUAUCAACGUUAUCCCAAUUCUAACUGCUUAAUAUAAAAAGUUA